AUGCUGAAGGAACUGCUGUUGCUGGCGCUCGCGGCGCUAUGUGCGUCGGACGCGAUGCACAUCUCCGGUAAGACCGCCGACAUGGACUUCCUGCACAAGCAGAAGAAGAUCUACGAGCUAUUGUUCUUCGUCAAGCAGAACACCCUCACCGACACCGAGUUCUACGAGAUCGGCCGCAACUAUGACAUCGAGAACAACAUCGACUUGUACAAGGACAAGGCGAUUGCCCAGGAGUUCCUGUACUUCUACAGACAGGGCAUGCUCCAACGCGACGCGAUCUUCUCGCCGUACUACGAGGAACACCGCGAGGAAGUGAAGAUCCUCUUCAAGCUCUUUUACUGCGCCAAGGACUUCCAGACCUUCUACAAAACCGCCUGCUGGGCUCGUCUUCACCUCAACGACGGUGUCUUCACUUCGGCCUUCACUGUCGCGGUCUUCUACCGCCCCGACUGCAAGUACAUGAGGGUACCCGCACCCUAUGAGACCUAUCCCAACCUGUACUUCGACAGCAACGUCAUCCAGGAGGCUCAUCGCAUCAAAAUGACUCGCGGUAUCAGCACGACCGGCAUGGACAACUACGACAACUACGUGAUCCACGCCAACUACUCCGGCAACUUCGUCAAGCCCUAUUUGGACGACGAGUACAAAAUGGACUACCUCAUGGAGGACUACAGCUGGAACACCUACUAUUACUAUUCCCGUCAGGUUUUCCCGUUCUGGCUCGACAUGAACGAAUUCGACCUACCGAAGAACUUCCGAGGCCAGUUCUACUACUACCAGCACCAACAGAUGUACGCUCGUUACAUCUUGGAACGCGUCUCCAACGACCUCGGCUACGUCGAAAACUUCGACUGGAACAAACCCUUCUAUCCCGGCUACUACUCCACUCUAAUGUACAACAACGGUAUCGCGAUGCCGCAACGGCCACGCUACUCUAACGUACCUUUCUACAAGUAUAAGUACCUGAAGGAGAUCGAAACUUUGGAGAUGCGCAUCAUGAACGCCAUCGACCUCGGUUACGUACACGACAAGACCGGCAAACAGGUCAACAUCUACACCCCCGAAGGCCUGAACAUCCUCGCCAACUUGAUCGAAGGUAACGUGAAUUCGUGCAACCGGCGCUUCUACGGCAUGUAUGACGCCCUCGCCCGCGACAUCCUCGGCUUCAAUUUCGACUACAAGGAAAAGAACAAGGUGAUACCCAGCGCCCUCCAAACCUACUGCACCAGCAUGAGAGACCCAGGAUUCUACCGCCUCUACAAGAGGAUCAUGUCGUACUUCUUCAGGUACAAGAAAUAUAUGCCGUACUACACCCAGAGCGAGCUGAUCUUCCCUGGCGUCAAGUUCGAAUCCGUGAGCAUGGACAAGCUGCAGACGUACUUCGACUACUGUGACACCUACAUCAACAACGCCAUCGAUGUGGAGAGUUUCAAGGAAGGGAUGAAGUUGCGCCUGACGGCCCGCCGCUACUGCCUCAACUACAAGCCGUUUACCUACCACUUCAACAUCAAUAGCGACAAGGAGACCAAGGCCUCGCUCAAGAUCUUCCUCGGACCUGCUUUCGACCACCAUCAUCACAAAGAGAAGGACACGUCUUACCUCCGCGAAUACUACCAAUACUUCGUCGAGCUCGACAAUUUCGUCGUGACGCUGAGACAAGGUGCCAACACCAUUGAACGCCGCAGCUCCGACUCCUAUUACACCAUGCCCGACAUGACGCCCGCCGAUAUGUACUACAAGAAGUUGGAGAAGGCCGUCGAAGGCAGCGAGCCGUUCACCUACUACGAGAAGAUCAUCGGCUUCCCCGAGCGUCUCUACCUACCUAAGGGCAAGCCCGAGGGUAUGCGCUACAAGAUGUUCUUCUACUUGAGCCCGAUCGACGAGGCCAAAAUUACGAACAUAGAACUGCCGUUCUUCGGCAAGUACAUACUGAUCGGAAAGUCGUUGGGCUUCCCGCUCGACCGACCGACGCACCCGUGGAAGUUCUUCACGCCCAACAUGUAUUACACCGACGUGUUCAUCUAUCACAACACGGAGGCCGAGAAGACCCACUACUAA